CCCUGGGCCUCUGGCCUCUGCGCAGGUGGGACCCCCACUCACCCUUUGGUGCUUGAGACUGAGCGCGGGCCGCUGGGGGAGCCCCGCAGCGGGAAGCUCCGAAACCCGAGGCCCCGGAGCCACUGCGCUCCUGGCCGGAGCAUGGCGAGGCCGAGACCCACAGCGCGGGCACCUGUUCUGAGGCCAGCCAGCAGCCUGGGGCCUCGGAGCCGGCUGGGAGGCGGUGGGACCCUCCCCCGGGCGAAGGGCGGACUCCUGAACUAACGCGCCCGCGAGACCCGGUGCCCGUAGUCACGACAAGAUGGCACCGACCUCAGGCCCCGGGGCCAAGAAGGGUAUUUUGGAACGCCUGGACAGUGGGGAGGUUGUGGUUGGAGAUGGCAGCUUUCUCAUCACUCUGGAGAAGAGGGGCUAUGUGAAGGCUGGGCUCUGGACUCCAGAAGUAGUAGUAGAACAUCCAGAGGCAGUUCAUCAGCUUCACAUGGAAUUCUUAAGAGCAGGAGCAAAUGUCAUGCAGACUUUCACUUUUUCUGCCAGUGAGGACAGUAUGGAAAGUAAGUGGGAAGAUGUAAAUGCUGUUGCCUGUGACCUUGCUAGAGAAGUGGCCGACAAAGGUGAUGCUUUGGUAGCAGCGGGAAUCUGCCACACAGCAACAUACAAACACCACAAGGAUGAAGCUAGGAUUAAAAAACUUUUUCAACUCCAGUUAGAGGUUUUUAUCAGGAAAAAUGUGGACUUCUUGAUUGCAGAGUAUUUUGAUCAUGCUGAAGAAGCUGUGUGGGCUGUAGAAGUCUUAAAAGGAUCAGGGAAACCAGUGGCAGUGACGAUGUGCAUAGGCCCAGAGGGAGACAUGCAUGGCGUGACCCCCGGAGAAUGUGCUGUGAAGCUGGUGAAGGCAGGGGCUUCGAUCAUUGGGGUCAAUUGCCGCUUUGGGCCCAGGACCAGUUUGAAGACAAUGGAGCUGAUGAAGGAAGGCCUCCAGGCUGCAGGGUUGAAAGCACACUUUAUGGUGCAGUCCUUAGGGUUCCACACACCUGACUGCAACAAGGGAGGAUUUGUGGAUCUCCCUGAAUAUCCCUUUGCACUGGAGCCUAGAGUUGCAACCAGAUGGGAUAUUCAUAAAUAUGCCAGAGAGGCCUACAACCUGGGGAUCAGGUACAUUGGCGGAUGCUGUGGAUUUGAGCCCUAUCAUAUCCGGGCUAUUGCAGAGGAGCUGGCCCCUGAAAGGGGAUUUUUGCCACCAGCUUCAGAAAAGCAUGGCAGCUGGGGAAGUGGUUUGGACAUGCAUACCAAACCUUGGAUUAGAGCCAGGGCCAAAAGGGAGUAUUGGGAGAACCUACUGCCAGCAUCAGGCAGACCUUUUUGUCCUUCGCUGUCAAAACCUGAUGCCUAAGGAGUAGUAAAAGAAACACUGAAAUAACAGAACAGAAAAGAAUCUCCUCAAUUCCCUUCUAAAGCCUUUUCCUCACCUUAACCCUCAGCAUAGCUGCCAUCUCCAGCUGCUGAACAGCUCACGUGCCUUUCAGUUCUAUUCAAUACCCCGUACUGCACUGUCACUGUGCUUAAAUGAGGAACUGGACACACAGCAGAUGCCAAGGUGAGAGAUAAAAGUCCCUGUCCUCCAGGUAUCUACUGUCCAGUCAUGCUACUACACAUCUUUUUGAAGAUCAUCAAGAAUAGCAAAACUUGUCUUUUAGGGUGAUUUUGAAACAUUAAAAUAACCAGCAAUCCCUGAGAAUCAAGCCUUGUGAUUAUUCAGGUGACUAAGCUACAUGCAUGAGAAAAAGUAAACAAAAUUCAGAACUAAAGCCAUGAGACUGCUUUCCUUAAAUGAUUUGUAUUAGUGAUUCCAUAUACAAUCUCAAAGGAAAAGAUGCAAAAAAUGUUUGGAGCAGUGUUUGGAUUAUUGAAAUAAGUCUAUAACCUCCCAAAGUGAUUACUUUCAAAGAUGAUUUUACUUAAAGGCAUAAUGUGUUUUUAUAACUACAAAUAGCUAGACUACAAACUAUGGAAAGAAUAAUGUAAUAAAAUUUUUACAUAUUCCCUUAAAGUAAUUAGGGUUGUGCUUAGACUUAAUACUCAAAGAAACACUUAUUGUUGAUUGUUUAAAAUAAAUAAAAACAGAGAAGCUAUUUCAG